CAGCACGAAAAGCCGGCACUUACAAACAUGUCGUUAAGCCAGGUGGAUGAGAAGCAACAUGGUAUCACCGAACCGCCGAGUAAUAGGCUGCAAAUGCCGGCCUUGGUAGACAUUCCAGGUGAAGAGUCUAAAGUUCUUAGCUUCUGGGAGAGUAAUGACACAUUCAGGACAUCCCAGAAGCAGUCACAUGGGAAGCCGCGGUUCACGUUCUAUGACGGCCCACCAUUCGCCACAGGCCUUCCUCACUAUGGCCAUCUGUUAGCAGGAACAAUAAAGGACAUAGUCACUCGUUAUGCACAUCAAAGAGGGCAUCAUGUUGAACGGCGUUUUGGGUGGGACUGCCAUGGAUUACCUGUGGAGUAUGAAGUCGACAAGGAACUUGGCAUUACUGGACCACAUGAUGUAGAGAAAAUGGGAGUAGCCAACUACAAUGAUAAAUGCCGUGCUAUAGUCAUGCGUUACAGUUCCCAAUGGGAGAAAGUCACAAGUCGUCUUGGUCGGUGGAUAGAUUUCCAAAAUGAUUACAGGACAAUGUAUCCGUGGUUCAUGGAAUCAGUUUGGUGGGUCUUCAAACAGCUGUAUGACAAAGGACUGGUAUAUCGUGGUCUCAAAGUUAUGCCAUUUUCCACUGCAUGCUCUACUCCUCUUUCUAAUUUUGAGGCUGGCCAAAAUUACAAAGAUGUUCAAGAUCCAGCUAUUAUUGUUAGUUUCCCGCUUGAUAAUGAUCCUGAAACCUCAAUGAUAGCUUGGACAACAACUCCUUGGACACUUGUUAGCAAUCUUGCUCUUUGUGUCCAUCCAGAGAAAGAAUAUGUCAAGAUUCUGGAUGUAGCAAAGAAUCGAAAAUUCAUGCUAAUGAAAGUUCGUCUGACAUCAUUGUAUAAACAAGAAAGUGACUACAAAAUACUAGAAACGUUUAAAGGUAAAUCCCUGAAAGACCUGACUUAUCAACCGCCGUUUGAUUAUUUCAUACAUCUUAAAAAGGAACGUGGUGCAUUCCGUGUUUUAUGCGAUACUUAUGUAACAGAAGAUGUUGGUACUGGUAUUGUACACCAAGCUCCAUAUUUUGGUGAGGAUGAUUUCCGUGUUUGUCUUACGAACGGAGUUGUCGGCAAAGAUACACCAAUGAUUUGUCCCGUCAAUCCAAAUGGUCGAUUCACUGAGGAAAUUAAAGAUUUCACUGGAAUGUAUGUAAAAGACGCUGAUAAGUCUAUUUGUCAGAAUUUGAAACAACGUGGUCGUCUGGUGAAUCAGAGUACAAUUACUCACAGUUAUCCAUUUUGUUGGAGAUCAGAUACUCCAUUAAUUUAUAAGGCUAUACCAACUUGGUUUAUUCGUGUUGAACAAUUGGUUGACAAGCUAUUGGCUAAUAAUGCCAAGUGUCAAUGGGUGCCAGAUUUUGUCCGUGAAGGUCGUUUCGCUAAUUGGUUACGUGAUGCACGAGAUUGGGCUGUCUCGCGAAAUCGAUAUUGGGGUACACCGAUACCAAUUUGGGCUAGUGAUGAUUUCGAAGAGGUGAUUUGUGUUGGUUCCAUUGAAGAACUGAAGCAACUCUCUGGUGUAGAGGUGAAAGAUUUACACAAAGAAUUUGUUGAUCCAAUCACUAUACCAUCACCGACUGGACGUGGUGUAUUGCAUCGUAUUACUGAGGUAUUUGACUGUUGGUUCGAGUCCGGUUCUAUGCCGUAUGCUCAGAUUCAUUAUCCAUUUGAGAACAGAAAUGUUUUCGAUGAAGGUUUUCCAGCGGAUUUUAUUGCUGAAGGUAUUGAUCAAACAAGGGGGUGGUUCUACACUCUACUUGUACUGUCCACCGCGUUAUUCGAUCAACCACCAUUUCGUAAUCUAAUUGUAAAUGGAAUCGUCUUAGCUGCUGAUGGUCAAAAGAUGAGUAAACGGGCUAAAAAUUAUCCAGAUCCUGUUGAAGUGAUUAAAAAACACGGAGCUGAUCCUCUACGCUUAUAUCUUAUUAAUUCACCUGUUGUUCGUGCACAGAAUUUACGCUUCAAUGAAUCCGGUGUACACGAAGUUGUUAAAGAUGUAUUCCUUCCAUGGUGUAAUGCUUUACGCUUUUUAAUUGAGUCUUCCAUUAAUCCAUAUCAAAAAACAACUCAUCAGUCUUUCAUCGUGAAACCAGAUGAAUUCCCGGUGACAAAUAAUUUUAUGGAUCGUUGGAUUUUAUCAUUUACUCAAAGUCUUAUUCUCUUUGUGCAUGAAGAACUUGCAGGUUAUCGUUUGUACACAGUUGUGCCUCGUUUAGUCAAGUUUAUUGAUCAUCUCGUCAACUGGUAUGUUCGAAUGAAUCGUAAACGUUUGAAGGGAGAUGCUGUUGAAGAUCAAAAUGAUUGGAAGGCUGCUUUACACACCCUACUGAAAGUACUCUAUCAAAUGACCUGUUUAAUGUCACCAUUUACACCAUUUAUGACAGAGUUUAUUUACCAGUAUCUGAAAGGUUAUCUAGAUUAUACUGACAAUUUGAAAGAUCGUGCUUCUCUUUUACCUGGUUACUCACCUGAAACUGGUGCUCCAGACUCAGUCCACUAUCUACAAGCACCUGAACCAAAAGUUGAAUUAAUCUCAAAGGAAAUUGAAGAAAUUGUCUCCUGGAUGCAAUCAACUGUUGAGCUAGGUCGUAUCAUACGUACCCGAUGUAAUCUCCCACUGAAAGCACCAUUACGUGAAGCGAUAGUUAUUCAUUCUGAUCCAGGUGUUUUAAAACUUGUGAAGUCUGCACAAACUUAUAUUAUUGAAGAAUUGAAUGUUCGCCUGUUAACAACAACAAGUGAUAAACAUCGUUAUGGUGUUCAACUGCGUGGUGUAUUGAAUCAUAAAACACUGGGUGUACGCCUUAAGAACGAUUACAAAGCUGUUGUAAAUGCAGUGAAAGAAAUGUCAACUGAAGAAUUGGAAAAGUUUGUUCAAACUGGCCAUCUGACUGUUUGUGGACAUGAAUUAUCCGGUGAUGAUUUGUCAGUGGUGUAUACAACUGGUAGCGAUGCCAAUUCAUCGGCAACUGGUACAAAACGUAAAGCAGAACAGACUACUGGGAACAGUAGUAAUAAUACUAGUACUGCUAAUAAUAAUAAUAAUCAACAAAGCUUGUCAAAGUAUGAAACUGCAUCGGAUGCUAGAGGUCUCUUAGUGAUACUCGAUACAACGCCGGAUCCUGAACUAGAAAAUGAAAGGUUAGCGAGGGAACUUGUUAAUCGUAUACAAAGAACACGUAAAAAGGCUGAACUAGUUCCUGAAGAUCCAAUUGUCAUUGUAGCCGCCACUGAGAUAGACGCUUAUUACAAUAUUGCUGGCCCAAAUGGCAGUUAUGUUAAUUUCAUUCAAUCAACUAUUAAACAGCCUUUAGCUGUAAUGAAACAGAAUUUGGACAAGAGUAAUGCGAAUAACAGUGUGGAGAUUAUGAAACAUGCUAGUAGUGUUCUUCCGGAUGGUUGGCAAUUGGCUAAAGAAAUUAUACGCGAAACAGUAUCGAUUCCACCAGAUAAUAUCGAUCUUAUCCUGUUUUCAAGAAAGCAGUGUAACACCAACGACACCAACAGUACAUCGAAUGCUACUGUCGAACCGUUACAUGUUACUGUUGCCUUUAGUCAUAAUGACAGUGGUUCAAAGAAUAUUAAAGUUCAAUUGAGAGAUUCAAAUAAUCAUUGGUUUGUACAAAAUACUGACGAUUUAUUAAGAAAGGUGAAAUGUGUUCUUGGAUGGUCGAACAGUGUCAAUCUACAGUUGUAUACUUCCAAUCCUAAGAAUUCGACUGAUGUGACGAAGCGUCUUGUACAUCUACCGUGUAAUCAGUUACCUACUUUGCAUGGGACUACUCUGUAUGCUGCUCUAUCUUAA